AAGAUGGCUACUACAGAAGUCUCUUUCUGUAGCUGAGCACCAAUUACAUGGGAUCACUUAAAACGGCAAUUUAUAAUUCUUAAAGUCCCUCGUAGGCGACGGCGGCUACGCCAGGAAUAAUACUACAUGGAUUCAUUAAAGACUGAGAGGAAAUACGAGUAAUUGUAUUGCCUGUAGCAGUUAGUCAACGGAAGCUAGCUAGCAGAGUAACUAGCUAGCCGUUUCGCUGGCGACCGUCUGCGGCGUUAGUUGACCACCCGCGGGGGAGCCUGGCCCUAUUCCGUGCGUCAAAUGGCAGAACCGAGGAAAGUUGCUUUCGUCACCCUCACGUCGUUCAACACAUCCACUCCGGCCACCCCAGAGGUGAGCAAGAAACGCCGCCGCGAAGAUGAGGCCAUGACUUUGGGCAGAGACGGUGAUGGAAGUGCGGUCGGGUCAGAAGGUGGCCGGGGUCUGUUUGGCACCGCGCAAGGGGAUGCCGCCGAGCCCGAGGAGGCGAAACCCACCGUCCGUCUCAACCUCUCUCUUUCCGAGCCAAGUGAACGUGGUUCUGCCGAGUUCAACUACAGCGAGCUGGUGGUCCCGACGGCUUCACGUCAUUCUCAGGUACAAGUUGCAGCACCUUCAAAUGUCCCAAAAGGACUCGAACCCUCCCUGGACCCUAACGACCCACUUGCUAAUGACGAGAGGGAGAGACGGGAGGUUGAAGAAUUGGCUAAGAAGUUUGAAAACAAAUAUGGUGGCGCCUCCAAGAAGAAGAAAAAAGACAGGAUGCAGGAUCUCAUUGAUAUUGGUUAUGGGUACGACGAGACCGACCCCUUCAUUGACAAUUCUGAAGCCUAUGAUGAGCUGGUUCCGGCCUCGCUGACCACCAAACACGGAGGCUUUUACAUUAACACAGGCACUCUCCAAUUUCGAGCCGCAUCUGACUCCGAAGGAGAUGACAUGGACAAUAAUCACAUAAAGAUGAAGGAUGGCGAAGAGCGGGUGAUUAAAAAGCGGAGGAAGAAGCAAGAUGGUCCAGUUUUGGAAGAGAAGAAACCCAGGAAAAAUAAAGUCCCAAAGCCCGGAGUGUCAUCCUUGAAUCGACCAGAAAAGAAGAAGAGGAAGAAGCUCAUGAAAGAUUCCCUCCACCUGGCCAACAUGUUGCGACGCUUCACCAGGGAGAAGGAAGAGAUGCGAAAGAGGAACAUGGCUGGUGCGGGUCUGCCACGCCCCCAACCCAAAGUGCCCGCUGCUAACAGCACGGUCGUCAACAACCAGCCCAAGGCUCCCGGUGGAAACGACUGCAACAUGGCGGACUUGACAUCCGACCCGGCUGUGAUGUCACUACUCGGGUCAGCCAACAAUGACGUGUUGCAGGACAUGAUGGGCGAUCUGGACUUUGGGAUGCUGGACUCUUCGCAGCCCUCCAGUCCUACUCAGGGGGAGAACGGCUCCUUCGGCACGGGCCAUAAGGCAGGUGUAGGCCGUAUGUCGCAGGGUAAUGUGAUGAGCCCUCCGUCGCUGCCCACUGGUCUCCCAGGCCCACUCAUAAAGCGCAUUGAAGACCUCAGAGCGGCAUCCCGUCAGUUCGAUGAAGAGGGCCGCAAGAAGUUUUUCACAAUGGACAUGAAUAACAUCCUACUAGAUAUUGAUUUGCAGGUUCAGGAGCAGUCAGCAGAUGUUCGUUCAGCCGUGUACUCCCACUUGGAGGCCUUUGUUCCUUGUAAUAAAGAAGGUCUGCUCAAACGCCUUAAGAAACUGAGCCUCAACAUCCAGGACAACCGACUCCGUACACCACUACUCAAGCUGAAGCUGGCAGUGUGCAGCGUGAUGCCAGAGCAAAUCGCUCGCUACAACAUGGACUGUAUCGCUAAGGUGGCAAAACAGCAGUCCGAGGAGGGAGAGAAAAAUGGUUCCGAGGAUGAUGAUGAGGAGAAACCAGGCAAGAGGGUGAUGGGGCCUCGAAAGAAGUUUGUCUGGGAUGACAAACUCAGGUCAUUGCUAUGCAACUUGGUGCGGGUGAAGCUGAGCUGCUAUGAGCUGGAGGGUAAGAACAUUUCUCCCGAAGAGUACCUCAAAGCCUUCAUAGAGACAGAGGUUAAACCUCUCUGGCCAAAAGGUUGGAUGCAGGGCAGAAUGCUGUUUAAAGAGAGCAUCAUGGCUCACGGUCACCUCACUGGCUACACAGCAAAGAAAAAGAUUAUCACCACGCCGAAAGUCAAGCCAAAGGAGGCGGCGUGGGUUCAACGGACCACACCCUCAGCAGGUGUAACUCCGUCCCCCGUUGGCCAGGUUGCUAAGCGACCGUCUCAGCCGCCGUCUGAGCCCAUAUGCCUCGAUUCCCUCGACGACGAUCUGGCAGUUCCCUCGCUGGACUCCAUCUCCCAGGCGCUUAUGAUCCUUGGCAACGCCGCCAAGGGCCUGGCACAAGACGACAGCCCUCCCUCCCCGGAUAUACCCAAGAGCGUCGCCAACCCCCCCUCCGCCCCUCAUGUCUCUGCGCUCAUCCAGCAGCAGCAGAAAAAGAACUCCGUCAGCACGUCCGGCUCCAGCAACACUCGCUACACGUUUACCUCUUCGUCUCCCUCCCCCCCUCUGUCUCGGCCGUCCUCGGGCGCCUUCUCGCCUGUGUCGUCUGUCAGGGUGGAUGCGAUGGGGGUUGUGAAGGGCCCGGGACAGAUACACAGACACUCGGUGUUGAACACUCAGAGACCCGUGGGGGUCGCUGUGCCUAAAGUCAACUCUCCUGCAUCUGCUUCACCAGCUAAACCCCGCCCUCCACCUACCGCGUCACCCCUUGCGCCUCCAGGAUCAAAGGUGGGAAUCUCCGCUCCCCCUUCGGGCCUCAUCAAAUGCAGCAUUAAUAAAGGAGUCAACAGUAGUGACCCUGUCAUCCUCACAUCGUCAUCUCGACCGACAGCCCAUCCGUCAACCGCGCACAUGAGCCCCAAAACCUUCCUGGCGCCACGCCUGCCGCUCACUCCUCAGAGCAAAGCCUCUCCUGCCCCCCCAUCCCACCUCGGAGUUCAAACUACACAACAGUCUGGCUUCAUCACCCCGAUGCACGCCACUCUCACUCAAUCGAGUCACUGCGGCAUCACGCCAAUUGUCAAACUCACACCUCGCACCCUCAACUCCGUCGUCACCACCUCUCCUCUCACCCUCAGCUCAACCGUCACCACCUCGUCUCGCACCCUCAACUCGGCCGUGACCGCGUCCUCUCGCACCCUCAACUCGGCCGCGACCGCCUCGUCUCGCACCCUCAACUCGGCCGCGACCGCCUCGUCUCGCACCCUCAACUCGGCCGUGACCGCCUCGUCUCGGACCCUCAACUCUGCCGUGACCGCCUCGUGUCGCACCCUCAAUUCGGCCGUCACCACCCCGUCUCGCAGCCUCAACUCAGUCAUCCCCACCCCGUCUCGUACCCUCAACUCAGUCGUCACCACCUCGAGUUCGCCCACCCCCUCCCAAAUCCCUAGGUCUCAGGUGACACCCCCAAUGCAGCAAUUCUCCCCCAAAAGCCCCGCAGGGUUCCGCCCGCCAUUCUCAGGUGUCUCAGUGGGAUCGACCAAGGUGGGUCCAAGUGGUUACGCUCCCCCAGGCAACCAGAGGAGUCCAGUCGUCAUUAGCAGCAGCACAGCCAACAGUAGCCUUAUUAACACUUCAUCCAUAACCAAGCAUUCAGGAACUGGCACCACGCCGACGGCGCCCACCGCCAACCCGGGCCAGCGGCAGAGGCCAGGGGGGUUGACGUCUCAGGGGGUCAAACAGGUGACAUCGGUCCCGUUGUCAUCAGCUUCCUCUCAUUUGCCACAGGCGUCGUCAGGAGGGGGCAGCGGUCUGCUGGGCUCCACCCAGUCUCUUCCUCUGGGCUUUGGGAUGCUGGGCGGUCUGGUUCCCGUGUCACUUCCCUUCCAGUUCCCCCCGCUGCUCAACCUGCCCCCACUGGGCACCGCCGGCUCCAACACGCCGCCUAGUAGCUCUGCCGCCAGUAGCAAUGCAUCCUUCUCUACCUUGACGCAGAAUCUCUAUAAGAGUCUCCAGUCAGGUUCUCAGGUUGCUCUGCCUCCUCACUUGCAGCUUGCUUUCUCAGAUGUUGGCCAAAGCCAGGGAGGCGAUGCCAAGAGGAAGACGCUAUGAUAGCAGCUGGACUUGCUUUUGGUGCCAGAUGGAGCAGACCACUUUUUAAAAUAUUCAACAUUUCAGGAGUUUUAAAAGGAAAAAAAAAAAACAUUUUGAUACCUUUUCCAUUCUUCACAGCUAAAGAAAAUGACAAAUACAACUUGUCGAUGUUUACAAGACAGACCUACAUCACUGUGGACAGGGAGAAGAAAUGCGUGUUUGUAUGUUGAUAUAGGAUCGACAGUGUGCCUUCUGUAUGUUUCCCUCUCUGAUGCAUGGUCAGUGUCUACAAGGUGCUCUUUUUAAAACAUAAUGAAAUGAUCGCUGACAUUUGUGAGAAACAUAAAAUGUGCAUAGCUGAAUUGGACCCCCACCCCAAGCUGAACACUUCUCUAUUUUACUUGAAUUCUUUCAUGAGUUCCAUUCUGUACAGUACUUAAACCUUUUAAUUAAAAUUGUU